UCAUAAUUCGUAAUGUGUAAUUAACGUGCGAGUUGCAUAUGUACGAUGUCAAAUUUGUUGGACGCCGACUUUGACAAAGUGAUUAAGUAGACUUCUUGCCCCACACGGUAUCCUUAAAUUUUAUUAUAUUCCUCAAAAUAUAAUUGCAUACUUUCUUCACUCUCAGUUAAGUUUUUCAUAAAAUUUUCAACUAAAAAUUUACAACUUCAUAAAGUUUCCAGUAAUUUUUACAAUUGUUUUAAUCGUAGCAAAAAUUAUGUGCAAUGCAAACUCUGUUAACCUUGAAGUUUUAGAAUCGCUUCGAGAUUAUACUAUGUAUUUAGCCAGCCAAUAAAAAAGUGCACCCUUUCGUGUCCCAACUCUUUUGCUACAAUUAAUUUUUAAUACUAUGCCUAACUCUUAAUUUUUUGCAUGGAUCGUUUCGAUCUGGGCGAAUUAUAAAAUGUUGCUGCUGCUGAUUUGUUCAGCAAUUAUGGAAACCAAUGGCAUGAUUAAAACACCCUUUUUAUCCAUAUACUUAUUUUAAUAGGAAUUAACCCUGGUGAAGAAUAUUUAUUUAACUGAUGGGGUUUAUUAUCUACGUCUUUGCUCGACUAGUGACUAGGGUUGUGCGCCUAUGACAAACAACAACAACCCCCUCCUGAUGCCAAGCCAGCAGUUCUUCUGAUCUCUUUACAAUCAUGUAGCAAAAGUGCAUUUGGCAUUGUUAGGACGAGUAAUUUUUUGGCGACUGGAAGAAGAGGAAGAAAGGGUUGAUUUUGACAGUGUGGAUGUGGCGGUGGUGGUUGGUGGGAGGGUGGAGCAGAUGGGAAGGCUACACCUCCUUUGUGAAGGUUGGGCAACCAAUAAGUUGAGUUUACCUGUGCCAUGGCUUGAUUGGGUUUGGAGGCGCAGGUAUGCUCUAACCAUCGUUUAAUCUGACCAAGGCUGGCUGGCUAAGCUAUUGAAUCCACUAGCUCACUCACUCAAGAUGAUGAUCACCUUCCUCUCUUCUCUGGACGGUUUUUCACUCUGCUAUCAGAUUCCCACAUCGUAUCAUCCCCAAUAAAAGAGCUCCGGAGAAAUUCAGCACCCACUGCCAAUUACCUUCUCACUCACAGGAAGACAGCACCACUCCGGCGUCUCCCACUAUCUCAACUUUCUCAGGAAAAUUCGUCUUAUCGUCGCCUCUUAUCUCUUUCCGGAUUGCUCCCAGUGGUCUUAAAAUAAAAUAAAUCCGAGUGCUUAACUUUUUCUAAACGACUCAUUAAUUACCAGUGAUUACUUGGUCAUAAAAAAUCAUUACCUUCGUUACGAAAUGUGCAGUCAACGUGGUGAAAAGUUAGUUAUAAAAGUGGAAAUGAUGUCGCCAACUUUCCACUCUUCUUCUCGUUGAUCCUCUUGUUGUGCAGCCGAGUGUUGAGAUUUAAGUGAACGCUAUAAAUGAUUAUCGAAACCAAUCGGAGCCCAAGUAGGCUAGAGUUAAACCAGAAGAAGGGACAUUUUUGGGACUCGAUGGAAUUCCCAGGUCAACUUCCCCCCAGCGCAACCCUACCCACUUCGGCAGGUGGAAUGACUGCUCACCAACUGAGAGAACUGUACGUGGCGAGUGCGGCUGGAGGUGGGGGUGCGGGAACGCCACAAUUUCCUCAAAAUGCGGGAGGACAUCAUCUCCAGUCCUCGCGACUCUUGGACUUGUCACCUGUUGCGCCCCUCCGCUAUGGAAUUCGACCCUACGACCCCCUCCAAAUGCUUCAACAACAAGGUGCAGUCAACAAAUUGCUGGGAUCCCUCAGACCACCUGGAAUCAUUGGAGGGAGCAAACCAAAAGUGGCGACGCCAACAGUUGUUGCAAAAAUUGAGCAAUACAAACGAGAAAAUCCGACCAUAUUUGCCUGGGAAAUUAGAGAGCGGUUAAUAUCUGAAGGAGUCUGCACCAACGCCACGGCCCCCAGUGUUUCAAGUAUCAAUCGGAUCCUCCGAAAUCGGGCGGCGGAGCGAGCAGCCGCAGAAUUUGCGCGUGCUGCCGGCUAUGCGGGUUUGUAUCAUCCUUACGCUUUCCCCUGGCCGGCAGCAGCAGCGGCACAUUUGUGGUCACCACUUGGACCCUCGGCGGGAAAUCCAGGGGGGUCCCCUCACGCGGCCCUUGCCUCCUUAGCGGCUGCAUCCGCCGUCGCCCAUCCGCCCACGUCCACAACCGAUCUCCCUCAUGCGAGCAGCCACUCAGCAUCGUCCACGCGACCCUCCUCGUCCGACAAUGAGAGUCCCAGCAUUCGCAACCACAAUGUUGAGGUUGAGAGCCGCAACUCUGAAGAUGCAUCCCUCGGAGCAAUUAGUGGGACGGACAGCGAUGGGGAAGUUCCAAAAUUUCGCCGCAAUCGGACAACUUUCACUCCUGAGCAACUGCAAGAAUUGGAGAAGGAGUUCCAGAAAUCUCACUACCCAUGCGUUACGACGAGAGAGCGACUCGCCUCCAAAACCAAUCUCUCAGAGGCCAGAGUUCAGGUUUGGUUUUCCAAUAGACGAGCCAAAUGGAGAAGACAUCAAAGGAUGAAUUUGCUGAAGCCCUUCACAAUGCGUUCUUCGACGUCUCCAAGUGCCGAUGGCCAACUUUCCCCGGCGGUUUCUCCUUCCCCACCGCCGCCCUCCUUCAAGAACACCACCACCACUUCCAACAACAACAACAACAACAACCACCAUCAUCAUCACAACCACCACCACAACCACCACUCGGCAAGUCGACGACCGGAUUCACCCCACUCUGGCCGUACCCACCAUUCCACCUCAAACCCCCACCACCACCACUCCUCCUUCACGCAGAAGCACGGCUCCACCCAACCUCCGUCGACCCUCCAUCCACCGGCAAAUAUCCCCUUGCCACUGGUCAUGGGUGGUGAACACAGCGCCUUCAUUCGACCCAACUUCCAUCAUCAAGCCCUCAACCUCAAGCCAAGCUUUAACCAAGCGAUGGACAGACUGGUCACGCCCGGCUUCUUCUUUAACCAUCAUCUUCACAAUAACAAUCGGCCAGGGUCCCCACAACCCUCGAUUCCUAACUCUGAGUCUUCCGAGUUGGUCGACAUGAGUGACUGUGAGUCCGAAACGUACGACCUUCGCCAGAAACACUACGUUCACAACAAUAACAGUGGGGGAGGACGAGGAGGAGGAGGUAAUAACCGUUCUUCCUCGAGACACACUCCGUCCCCAAUGUCCAGAUCUCCAUCACCACCAGUUAUCAAUAAGGCUUCCAACAAUCGGGAACGACUUUCUCCCGAAAAACAACUAGGUUCUCCAGAACAAAACAAGAAGCUGAUCCGCAGAAAGAGUACCAAUUAAUUAUCCAGUCUCUCCAGUAGGAUUAUCCAGUAAGAUUAUCUAAUCUUAUGACUUUAUCGCUUUAUGUAUGACGACUUUUAUUGGAUACCUUUCUCAGAGGAAACGUAUAAUUUAUUAUAUAUGGUUAUCAACCAAGUGGGGAAUUAUCAUACCAUAAAUAAUAGUGCAGACAUUUGAAUGCAAACAUAUAUAAGAGAGGCAAGAUAACCAACGAUGUGAGAGGCAACUACGUAAAUUUGCCAUGUAAUUCCAUAUCAAAUGAUGCAAGCAAGUAGAUUUGAAAGGAAACAAAAUCAUCCGAUAUUUAGCAACCUCAACAUCACUCUCCUGUCCAUGAAAUAAUGGAGACUAUCAUAUUGGUAUUUCAACCAUUGUUAGUAGCACGCACAAAAACCUUCGUCUUCUUCAUUCUUGACUAUCAUGACUGAGCAGAGUUGCACUUUUGGGAUUCUUUUUUCCUGUGUCCAUUAUGUUUACAUCAAAUCAAACCCAGCCUUCAUUUUCAUUUCACGGUUUCAAAUGUCAUUACCCAACUUUAAGGAAAGGAAUAAUAAUACGUUCGAUCGUACAAGCAGGCAGCGCAUUCCUUCGUCCAUCCGACACCACCACUAUUUCGAGUUAAUAAGGAUGGACACUCAUUCAGUCGUUCAAUCACUUUUCCGUACUUACGUACGUACCCAUUGUGCUUCAAGUAUUCGGGUGCAUUUAUUUAUAACGCUGAAUUGAUUUGAUGCUUCAUUAAUGAAAUACUCUCCAACUGAGAUAAUCAAGUUCAAAGUUUAAACUAUAAUAAUGCAGAAUCUGAAGCGUGGCAGGUGGAGAUUCAUGUGUACUUGGAUACAAAAUUACAUCCUAAAUAUGCUUCAAAUAUUUCAAAAAGAAAAUUACGAUAGAUAUUCAUGCUUCUUGUGCAUUUGAGCAGUCAGUUAUUUGAGGAAUUACCAUUUUUGUUUCCAAAACCGAAAGAUGCAACUUAAAAGUAAGCACAUGCGUGUGUGAACAAUGAUCAAUCAUGACUUAAUUUAAUCAAAGUUUUCCCAACUUGCCCCUAUUUUCUGUCGAAUGAACAAAUUGUCCAAUUCCAGCUACUUCUUAAUAAUUGGUUUAUUUCUGUAUAACUUAACUACCAACAAUUUUGCAACAACAUUCUUAUUUAUUUCUUAAUACUGUUCUAUUGGAAGAAAUGUGUGCACGUAAAUUUUGAGCGUGUCAAACUGAUUUUUGUCACCCAGCCAGCCACCAUUCUUCAGAUACCAAUUUCAUUUCCAUUAUGUGAAUUAUAAACGCUUCUUAUAUAGCUUCGCCAACUGAACUUGCAACUGAACCUAUUUUUGUGCAUGCUAAGAUCUCUCUUCCCAUUCGAGUCGAGAUACCCCUUUGGAAACAAUGAAGUCGAAUGAUAGCAUACAUACACACGCACUGUACGAACCUUGCCGUUUGUGUGCAUGGCAAAGUGCAUAAGAUUUAGGGGAAAAAAUCUGCUUCAAGAGAUCCAUUACUUAACGCAACGCAAUCUUCAAUAUUAUGGUCUCGAUCAGUCGUCAAUGCAAAUAAGGAUGAUUAGUUCGUGGUCAGGGUGCACAUAAAAUUUAAACAACACGCAUAGAAAUUGAAGAAUUAAUAAUACUAUACAUGAGAUUACCCACUUACAUACAUACACAGUAUUUUAAAGCCUGAGCAUAAAACAGCUCACGCAAAUGGAUGUAGUAGUAGUACGUAAAAAGAAUAAAAUAACGUGUAGGUGUUCUUCCUCAGAAAAUGAGACGGACAAAACAGACGUAUCUGUAUCUCUUCUCUGGCCACAACUACUUUAAAAGGCCACCCGUGAAAUGUUCCAUGUCUUAGUGUAAAAUUAAAUUAUGCCGAUCAGCUAAAAAAAACAUAUACAAGAACAAUGAUACCGAUGAUUUAGUGUUAACGCUAAAUAGUUGCAUUAUUUACUUAUGUAAGCGCAGCCCUUAUUGCGCGACGAGCCUCUUGUUUACCAAUAGAGUUCCUUAUUAAAAAAUUGUUGUUAUAAUACUUAUAAAGUAAAAAAAUAGUUGGUGAAAAUCCUAAUAAAAGGGUUUCUUCUGGCGUAUUAUGAUAAAUAAAUUGGUGGAGAAAUGCUAUUAUGGAUGAUGUGAUGGUGGCGUGGUAAAGCCGUAAUUCCGGUAAAACAUUCCCAGUGUCAUAUAUAGUCUGCUGAAAAUGCACCAAAUAUUAGGUUUGUGACAUAAAUACCAAUUUAGUUGAGUAGUUAUUUAAGAAGACAAUUAAUGUGUAAGUGGUACCUAAUCUUUCGUAACUUAUGCAUACCUUUUGCUACAUAUAUGUAUCUCGAAUUAAAUAAGUAAGAUAAUAUAUGUACAAAUAAUUUAGUAUCAAAUUAAAGGCGCGUCUACUAUAAAUAUCUAAAUGAUGACUGGAUUUUUAACUUAUUUUGUAGAAUUAUUAAAUUAAUGUUAAUCAUCAAGAAAUUAAGUAAGAACGAACCAGUUGAAAUUGUACUUCCACUUCCAAUAAAUGACAAAGUAGUAAAUAAAUAAAUACAUACCGUAAGUGAUCGAAUUAACCGACAUCGAACCACAAUAGAAAACGUACAUACGGUCCUUGUCCAAUCAACGUCCACAGAGGAGGCUAGCCCAAUGUAUGUAUAUACUAUUCUAGAAUUUCAAAUUAAUGGCAAAAUUACCAAGAUUACUCGAACUAAAACCGGGUGUAAAAAAUAAAAUGGAAUUGUCGCAAUUCAAAUGAA